UUAGUUUGGACACCAUGCAUAUGUGUAGUGUAGCUUAUACAUGGCAUGAAUAGAGCCUUAGAAUGAAAUGUAAACACUGUCGGUUUUCUUCUAUUGAAUAAUUCUGUGAAACGUUUGAGUGUGCAGUGGGAAUGUGAGGUGUUUUUAGCAUGAUGUGAUCUCUGACUAUUGUGUAUUGUGUGGAUGGUGUGAUAUGUGUGAUGUGUGUGUGUUUGGACAGUGUUAUUGGUCUUUGAAGCUGCAUUGCGGUCACUCCCUUUCUCCCUUUCCCCCUUUCCCAUCCGCCCAGUGCUCUAACACACUGUACACUGUCUGCCCUGCACCUCCAGGGAUGGGGGCUCGAUUCCUGCCUCUCCUCCUCUGUGCAUGGAGACAUGCAUUGUAGGCUGAUUGGCAUUUCCAAAUUGUCUGUAGUGAGUGUAUGCGACCCUUUGUAGGACAAGCAGUACAGAAGAUGGAUGGGUGGAUGGGCUGUUGCUUAUUAUAGGCUGAAAUAGUGCCAAGACAUUUUUUCAUGUCCAGUCAAACAGACUGGGUCCAAACUUAUCUAGGGUUGUAUUCCAAAUGACUCUCUCCAGUGCUCAAUGUGGAGGAAAAUGAUGGCACCUUAGGAAAAAAACCCAGCUCAAAGCUCACAUCUACAACAAUCUUCAAGUGGGAAAGACGAGUAUGAAAAAAGGUGACUCAGAUAUGGACAGCCUGAGCAGAGAGAGGGAUUAGAUGGCUCUGCUACAGCGUGAUGUCUUUAUGGUGUCUUUGUGAUGGCAUUCAAGGGCGAAGAUGAGUCAUACAGUAGGGGGAAAAGGAAGGAGGCGGCAGUCAGUGGAAUCCUGGUGUGUGAGAGAAACUGAUGAAAAUGGUGAAGGAAUGGUUACAUCCCAGACAUGCAGCGCAUCCAUGUAAUUGUUCCACAUAGGAAUGGUCUCUGUGGACUCUCGUUCCAUCAGGACUUCGGCACAGUUAACCCUAGGCAGACAUGGCUAAAAGAGACUAUCUGGUGGAUGCGGCCAAGCAGAUCCGCAUGGCCCUGGACAGGGAAGUCAACGAGGACUACGAAGCUGCAUUUAGCUACUAUAAGAAUGGUGUGGACUUGUUGCUGAAUGGAGUUCAAGUGGAUCCAAAUAAAGAGAGACGUGAGGCUGUGAAGCGGAAAACCACUCAGUAUCUGAAGAGAGCGGAGGAGAUCUUUAACUCUCACCUACAGUACAACUUCAGCAAAGACACCACACAAUUAGGGGGUUACAGCAGCCUAAGAUUCAGGUCUAUCAGACAUCUGAGCUCACCCGUGGAGGACCUGGAGAUGUGUAAAGUGGUGGGGAUUAUUGAUAAGGUUCUGACUGUCCAAAACCUGAUUAGCAAGGAGACAUUCGUGAUUAAGAGCCUGCCUAAGUCCAGCUGGGAGAAUCGAGAGCGUUCAACCAUCAUCCCUCAGGGUGUCCCGUUCAUGGUAAAGUUACUGAGGUACUACGUCAGCGAGGACUCUGUGUUCCUGCAUCUAGAACAUGUUCAAGGUGGAAAGCUCUUCUCUAAACUGCACCGGAUCAGAAGUGAGGUAGCCAGAGAACAUCCAGACUGCUCCACCCCCAACCAGCACAAAUUCCAGCUAAAGAACAGCUACACCUCGCCUGCGCUCACCCAGCUGUACCACCUGAAUGGAGAGAGCCACCAGGGAAGAUCCAUAUUUCCUGAGAGGAAGAAUUUGGAAUGCUUAGAAAUGGACACACUGGCUUUUUGGAAUGAGACAGAGCAUCAGCUCGACAGCUAUGGCACACACUCAUACUGUGAGGAAACAGGAUGCCUGCAGAAUUCCCGGUCGGAAAAGGCUGAAUUCCAGCAAAAGCAAUCCUCUAACCCUUAUGCAAUAAGGACAGAUUCCUUUUCCUGUGUUAGUCCUGGUGGUCAGCGAGAUUGUCUUAUAUCUCAGGAAAGUUUUCCACUUCCUGUUCAUCCCUGUGUGAUCGUGGAUACUCGAGAUCCGCUCAGUGUCACGACUGAUCUUUUAGGAAACGAUGUCCAUAUUGAGCGGAUCGACUCAAGCUUAGAUUUUGAUAAAGUAUGGACUGCUGUGCCAGCUCAGGAACAGUGUUUAAUAGGAACCAGGUCAAAUCCAGACAUUCUUGGAAUCAAUAGUGCACCUCAGAUCACACUGAGCUCUUUAUUUGACACCACACAGCCAACCCUGUGUAGCACAGUCAACGUCCUUCCACAGAAAGUUCGUAUAGUUCCCAACACCCUGCCUUUAUCUUCAAAGAACCAAAAACAAGAUGACAUUACUCACGAAAAAACAAGUAAUUCUGAGAGUUCCCAGUAUAUGGCAAGCUUAACCUCAGGAAAUUCCCAACCAGGCACAGAAUACUGCAACGGAACACAAUCUACUGUGGAAAGCAAACUUCUGAGACCUUUCGCCUUAGACCUCACGACAACAGCUCCUCAGGUGAAUAAUACAAGUAAAGACGUGGAAAGAGAGUCUGUGGAGGUUGGAGAGGAGAACUGGGAACUCCUUAGCCCACUGUGCUCAGAUAAAACACAGGAUACGUUCUUUACUCCUCACUCUUCUCAAGAGGAGCAGCUUAUAGAAGUCGACGGCCGGCGUCACUUGCCUCAGUUUAGGGCGAGGAGCCGGAGUGUGAAGCAACAGCCUGGUCGAUGGGGUUUUCCUGAAGACGAGGUGCGAAUGUGGGGAGCGCAGAUCCUGUUGGCUCUCGAGAGUCUUCAUGAGCAAGGCAUCGUGUGCCAGGAUCUCAACCCCAAGAACAUCCUUCUCAAUAGCAAUGGAAAUGUGUGUCUGACUUACUUUGGACAGUGGACUGAGGUUCAUUCGGAAAUUAGUCCUAAAGCUAUGGAUGAAAUGUACUGUGCACCAGAGAUUGGGGGUGUAUCCAAAAUCACAGAGGCGUGUGACUGGUGGAGUCUGGGAGCUUUACUGUUUGAACUUCUUACUGGAAUGCCCCUGUGGCAGUGUCAUCCUACAGGUGUGCAUCCACACACACAGCUACGCAUUCCAGACCACCUGAGCCCUGCAGCCGCCUCGCUACUCACAGAGCUCCUUCAGUAUGAUGCUGGCUAUCGACUGGGCUCUGGAGGUGGAGGUGUGAGUGACAUUAAGUACCACCCCUUUUUUAACUCGGUUCCUUGGCACACACUAGCCAGUUGAUGGAUACAGGGUGUGCUAUAUGAUUCUAACGCCUAACACCAGUGGUUCAUGAGAAGUCAAAGCUCAAAGAAAUGCCUUUACUGCCCCCUGCUGGUGCACAACACAAGGAGCAUGAGUAUCUCCAAACCAUCAGCUGAACACACACACACAAAAUUAAAAAUAGAACCACCCAGUUUAUUUACGCCAAUUAACAUUUAAAACACUUCUGAUUUUGUGUUAAACAAAAGAGACAUUUUUUCAUUCAUUUCUGUGGUUAUGAAAGGAACUAAUGACAGGACCUUGCAGCACAUGUAUGGGGUUAUUGUAAGCAUAUACCUACAUCUCAGGCAUUAAAUUAUUGCUGCACCUCUGUAUUACAGAUGUACAAGUGAUAUGCAAUAUUACCAUUACAUUUCACCAUGUUUAUCAAGCAUGCAGUGUAAUAUCAAUCCAUGUUGCCAGUACAGAUUUUAAUGAUAUUUUGGACAAAGUCAUGUCAUGUAAAACAUUUGUGCCUCAAAUGAUUACUAUCUGCAUUAAGAAUCAUUUUUUUGCUCUUGAGAUGAGCUACCUACAUUUUUAACCAAAGCAAAAAUAAUAAUAAAAACCUCUGUCCAAGUGCGUUGCUUUUGCUUUAUCACCAUAUGCAAAUUGAUUGUCUAGUUUGCGAUGAGACUGCUGCGCAGUCAAGCUAAUAAAGCCAUGCGUGCAGAGAUCUCACAGAUCUGCAUAGUGUGAAAAUGAAGCACUUAUUUCACCACAAGACCCCCCUCUCAGCAUGUGCACAAACUAAUAGCACAGCUACCACAUCCUGUCUUGUCACUGAAGUCACAGAUGAGACAUUGGUUUAUGAAUUUAUGAGUUUUUCCUUUCAGAUUCAUCAGGGUUCAGCAGAGCCAUCACCCACAUGCAUCUACCUUAACCGCAUGCAUGUCUGCUUAAAGUUGAUCAUCC